AGUAAAUCUUCUGUAAGACAUGGCUGACAAGAUAGUAUGUGAUGUUUGUAAGAAGGAAUUCAGUGGGGAAAUUCCAGCACAGCAACACUUUGAAAGCAAAGCCCACCAGAAAGCCAUGCGAAAUAAAGAAAUGAUUGACAGAUAUGACUUAAGAUUUACUCCUGCUCAAUUCAAAUGUGACAUUUGUAAUGUAAAUAUGAACUCUGAUGAAGUAAAACAGAGACAUAUGUGUAGCCCAAAGCAUUUAGAAAUGGAGCGAAGGGCAAAGACCAUAGCAAGCAGAGAUUCUUCCAUAGUCAAUGGUAUAUCACCUGAGCAGGGGCAUGUAUCCAGCCAUGGAGGCAAGGGGUACGAUUUCAAUGGAGUAAGGGGAUAUUGUUACAUUUGCAAGAUAGAACUUACUUCCAAAGCGGUGGCUGAUCAGCACAUUAAUGGCGAAAAACAUUUGAAGAAAAAAACAUCGCAGCAGAGAACGAUAUUGCAGCAGCCCCCUGUAUCAAGAUGUGCUGUAAUUAGUACAUGUAAUGCAUGUGGAGAGGGAUUUUCCAAUCAACAUGAUGUAGAGGUACAUUUUUCAAGCCAAAAACAUAAGGAAAAACUGGCUUCAUUGGACACCGUUUCUUUGAACACAGAAAGACACCCAACUUUAAGCACGGUCUCGGAGACCUCGUACUACCCAACAGAGAAUCUUGCUCAUAUAGCAUCAGGCUCAUCCUCUGGAGCAGUUGUCAGAAGGGUAGGAUACGGGUCUACCAGUUCUACAGCUGUCAAUGGAGUGUACGAGUUCAAUGGAAGCAGUGGUCAUUGCCAUAUAUGCAAUGUAGCAUUGACAUCAGAAGAGAAUGCUAAAGCCCAUUUGCUGGGAACUCGUCACAGAAAAGCACUGGUUAAGAGUGGAGGAGAAACCAGGAAAGAUCCACAAGCUGCAAAUUCUUCUGAGUACUACUUCAAUGGAGACCGUGGCAAGUGUUUGGUGUGUGACAUUGAUCUCACAUCAGAACGCCACGCUCAGGAUCACCUGUCUGGAGCAAAGCAUACUAAAGCUGUUCAGAGACAAGCAGAGGCCAAGACAAAGGACCAUCACGCUAGUGAUGCAGAGGAAUAUGAAAUGAAUGGCAACAGAGGAUUCUGUCAUGUAUGUCAGCUGGAAUUAACAUCAGUAGAACAUGCUACUCAACAUAUUGAUGGAAGGCCUCAUGCAAAGGCAAAACUUGUGUGGGAAAAAAGAAGGCUAACAGGAAAUAGAGCUCAAGGAAUUCUGUCACCAUCUUCAGUCGCAGGGGAAAGGUCAUUGGACAUGGAGCCAACAUCUCCAGGACUUGGUGUUGUAGGUCAUUGGCCUAGUCAAGGUCAAAGGUCUGACCUUUCAGGAAGCUCAGAUUCAUCAACAUUUCUUAGUAAUGAGGAUGUAACUAAAAGAAUACCAAGUGGAAAUAUAAAUCAGAAUCAGACAAAUCAGGUGCCAAAGUCACCUGGCAGUAACCAAAACACAUCUGAUGGUUUUAGAGGUAACAAACCUAUAUCUGAAGAUGGUACCCAAGAGUAUUGGUUCACCGGGCUUACAGGAUACUGUAAUCUCUGUUCGAUUGAGCUAACAUCUCAAGCACAUGCCAUGCAGCACAUCAAUGGUAAAAACCAUGCCAAGGCUAGACAGAGGAGCCAAACCAAGCCCAUCGGCUCUUCGAAUGUAAACCUGUAUUGUAAAAUCUGUAAUGUACCAUUCUCUGGCCAGGAAAGUGCCCAGCAACAUUACAGAAGUGACAAACAUAGAAAACGAGAGCAGAUGAAGAUGUGCCCUUCGGGUGAACCUCCUGCUCCUGAUCAGAAAGUAUUGGACAAUACAAAUUGGUACCCUUGCAUCGUUUGUGGCUGUUAUCUUAACUCCAAGGAGCAGUUGGAGAGUCAUGAACAGAGCGUGAGUCACAAAGUCGCUACAGAGGGAUUAAACUCUCUUGGAUUUCAGGAGACUUUAGUCAUGGCCACUGGUGGAAGUAGUGUAGAAAGGAUUGUCAGGGUCAACAAAGGAGGUUUUGAUUCUGGUGAUCAGCAGACUGUUGAUAGUUCAAAGUCAUCUUCAAGGCAAGAGUUCAAUCCUGAAAGUGGAACUCCAUCAAAAGAUAGUGUAAAAUUUGAACCCAUAUCCUUGGACCAGCAUGGAAGUUUAGACCCUGCAUCUCUGCGUCAGUCAUAUGCUACUAGUGGUGGUACUGGGCCUGAGGAAACGCUACUUAAGUCUGUUUAUCACUUUCAACAUUCAGAUGAAUUCAACACUCUUCCUUCAAAUCUGAAUGCAAAUAAUUACAAUUCAGGAAGUCUUAAGGAAAAAGAAGUUAAUAAACAAAGUUUUUUAUCUCAAAUAAGUAUGAGUGGUAAUAGUAGUUCUGCAGGGUCAUUCAGGUCAUCUCGGUCAAGGUCACCAGACUCACAUUCAAGGUCACCAAGUGUUGGUAUCGAAUCACAUGCCGGAUUUGAUAAAAAUAGUAGCUUGAAGUCACAUGGCAAGCUCUCGUCCAAUCAUAGUGGCCACUCGUCCAAUCAGUCUUCUCUGGAAAGUGGUCCUCAGUCCAGUGGCAGUGAGAACAGGAUGCCAUCCCUGGAACCAAUAGAUAUGAAUGAUGACAUACCAGACCUUGUGUCCAUUUGUACUAGCAUGUCAGAACUGAAGAUUAAAAAGGAUAGAAACAACGCUGAGAAAAAAGAAGUCAAAGUGAAGGACUUCACUAGGAAGAAAGAACGCAAGGAAAGACAAACGGUCGAGGUCACAACUUUAGAUCACAUACCUGUACCAUGUAAUGUCGUUGAUGUGUCAGAAAUAGGGGCGCUUGGCUCAGGAGAAAGUACACCAGGACACCGAACCCGCAGAGGUGAGGGAACAGACACGGCCAGGGCUUUGAGAAACAGAACUUCUCGUCGAAAAACCAGUGAGGAACUGGACAGAAGUGUCUCUCAAGAAUCUGAAUCAAAUGAUGACCCAGAUAAAGAUACUGACAGCAGCAUGGCACGACAGUCAGUUGGACAUGAAAGGAGUCAUACCCAGUUAAUGUCCCUCAUCAGCCAGAAACUAAAAGAUAUUCCUCAGAAACCAGCAAUAGGUACUCUUGCUGAAACAGAAAACUCAGUUCGCAAAAACUACAAACAUUAUUGCCCUACCUGUAAGGUCCCUAUGGAUACUGAGAAAGCCCUGCAAGACCACUUGAAGGGCAAGCUUCACCGAAUGAAAUCAGCCAAGGAACCAGCCUGUUCUCGCCAACUACCACCUCUGACUAAAACAAUAAGC